AAAGUCGCUGUAGUAAUGUUGUUUGAUUAUAAACCUUCAAAGGUGGUUGUGGAGGUGGGUUCAGUAAUGUCUUCUGUGAGACCACAAAAUUUGGGUGUAUUAUUUGAGAAGGUUUUUUAUCUCACGAGUGCAAAGAAGGCUGCACAGUUAUACAGUAAUGAAACAAUAUUUACAGCUUUUGAUGUGCAAGACAGAGGAUUUUUGACUUUUGAAGACUUCAAGAGAGCCUUCAAUUCUGUUUCUCCUAAGUUAUCUGAAAAAAUCAGAGUUAAAGUCUUCGGACAAGUUGAUCAGGAUUCUGAUGGCUGCAUCAGCUUCAAAGAGUUUGAAUCUGCAAUGAAGUAUGGACAAGAUGAAGUAUCACCAGUGUACUUUGCCUAAAGAAUAUUCUCUGGUGAAAAGACAAAGUGAAAACUUCAGAUCUCUAGAUAUUUAAAAAUCAAUGAAACUUCAUUUAUUUCAGCCAGCAUUUUAAGAACUUUGACUUGAUGCUUUGGCUUUUCCUUUUGGGACUGGAGAGAAAAACCAGCAUCUGGUGUUUGAGG